UUCGUCAGCUUUAAGCCGAGGAAGAAGAAGAAAAGGAAAUACCCAACAAAUGCUAGUGUGAUUUGUGUCGUGUGAGAGAGAAGGCGGAGGAGAAGAGGCAGAUGCGGGCUCGGGACUUGCACCCGCUCUGCUGCCUCCCCGUGGACUACUGCCCCGGCGGAUGGUGCGCCGCGCCGGCCGCCGGGGACCGAUCCCCGCCUCCGGCGCUCAACCAGCAGCAGCCGGCGCCGGCGCCGGCCGUGGUGGCCGGGGUGCUGCACAAGUGGACCAACAUCGGCAAGGGCUGGCGCCCGCGCUGGUUCGCCAUCCUCCCGGGUGGCUCCGUUCUCGCCUACUACAAGAUCCGCCGCCGCCGCAGCCGCGCCGCCUCGUCGCCGCCCGCGCCGGGGGACGCCGGGCCCAGGCUGAUCGGCCCGCCCGGGUACGCCGCCGAAGACCGCCCCAUUGGGCUCGUGCAUCUCAAGAUCUCGUCAUUCCGUGAAAGUAGAUCAGAUGACAAGCGGUUCUAUGUAAUUACUCCAACCAAGACGCUUCAGCUGAGAACCAACUCUGCUAAAGAUCGCGUGGCUUGGAUUGAAGCCCUUGUUUCGGCAAGAAGUGAAUCUUCUCCCAUUGGAGGUUUACUGUAUGACCAGAAUGAUGUAUCGUUUUCUACAGAUAGGCUUAGAAACCGUAUGCAUGCCGAAGGCCUUGGUGAAGAGGUUAUUAGAGACUGUGAACAGAUUGUCCAUUCAGAGUUCUCGCAGUAUUCUAUACAGAUGAAACAACGCUGUGAAGAGUAUCUGAGCUUUCUUGGCAGUCUUCCGCAACAGCUUGAGGUACUAAAUGCAGAAGAUACCACACACUCAAUCAAACCUGAAUGUUCUUGCUCUGGACUUGGAAAAUUUAGUGAGAGCAGCAAUACAGAAUCUUCUGACGAUGCUGGGGCACAGGAGUUAGACGAAUUAUCAGAUGAAGAUGAAUAUAAUUUCUGUGAUACAAGGCAAAGUUUCAGCGAUUCUGCAGCAAGUCCUGUCUUGAGGAUGAAAUGUUCGAAUUCAAGCAACAAUCAUAAAUCUGUAGAAUCAAGAUCCAGCAAUGGGAACAAUGUAUUGGUUCCAUCGAAACGUCGCACAAAGUUGCCUGAACCAGUUGAAAAGGAGAAGGGUGUUAGUCUUUGGUCAAUGAUCAAGGACAACGUUGGAAAAGAUCUGACACGGGUCUGUCUGCCUGUUUACUUUAAUGAACCAAUUUCAUCUCUUCAAAAAUGCUUUGAAGACUUGGAAUAUUCUCAUCUGUUGGACCGUGCACAUGACUUCGGCCUGAAGGGGAACAGUUUGAUGAGAACUCUAUGUGUUGCUGCAUUUGCGGCCUCUGGGUAUGCUUCCUCAGAUGGCCGGCCCUGCAAACCAUUUAAUCCAUUGUUAGGGGAAACUUAUGAAGCCGAUUACCCUGAAAAAGGACUCCGUUUCUUCUCUGAAAAGGUUAGUCAUCAUCCAAUGGUCAUGGCCUGUCAUUGUGAAGGAAGAGGCUGGAAAUUUUGGGGGGAGAGCAACGUAAAGAGCAAAUUCUGGGGACAGACAAUUCAGCUUGAUCCUGUCGGUGUUUUAACAUUACAAUUUGACGAUGGAGAAACUUUCAAAUGGAGCAAGGUUACCACAACAAUUAAUAACAUUAUCAUUGGUAGACUUUAUUGUCAUCACCAUGGCACAAUGACAAUAACUGGGAACAAACAAUAUUCAUGCAAGCUCACAUUUAAACAGCAAUCUUUUCUUGAACGGAACCCUCGCCAGGUUCAAGGAUUUGUUGAGGAUAUGAGCGGUACCAGGGUUGCGGCCCUAACUGGAAAGUGGGACGAGAGCAUGUAUUACACUGUUACCCAAGAUAUACCUGGAGUAAAUUCCAGUGCUGGAGCCACUCUGUUGUGGGAGAAAAACGAACCUCCAUCUAAUCCCACGCGAUACAAUCUUUCGUCAUUUGCAAUAACUCUAAAUGAGCUGACUCCAAACCUCAAGGAGAAACUUCCGCCGACAGAUUCAAGACUCCGACCAGAUCAGCGACAUCUGGAGAAUGGGGAGUACGAUAAGGCCAAUUCUGAGAAGCUGCGGUUGGAGACAAGGCAACGGAUGGCACGGAAGAUGCAGGACAAUGGGUGGAAACCGAGAUGGUUCGACAGGGACGCUGAGGACGGAACAUUCCGCUACACUGGUGGUUACUGGGACGCAAGAGAGGAGGGGACAUGGGAUGGCUGCCGUGAUAUAUUUGGUGAACUAUCCAGUAACCGAACUUGUACCAGUGUGGAUAUAUAAAUUAUAGUCCAUGUAUGUAUGUAUGCAUGUAUGUAUGCGUGUAUGUAUGCGUGUAGCCGUUCCACUCCCACCAGUAGGUGUUAACGGAUUACUGAAAGUAUAAAGUACAUCCUCUUACCGUAACUAGCUAGCUUCCCUCAUUGAGCAAAGAAGAGCUCAAUCAGGCUCUCCCUUUCAUAUGAAUGAACCGAGUGAUAUUAAUAUUAUGUGCAUACAUUUGCCAGA